ACUGCAUCUCCGAAUUAAAUAAAAAAAAGAGAGAUAUCGAGUUUUUUUAGGUUCUCCUUUCUUUCUCCUUUUUACUUUUUUUACUCAUUACACAGAAUGCCCGAUAUUAUUAAAGAAGGAUAUCUUUCUUUAAAGGAAGAAGGCUUAAGAGCUUGGAUCUGGUCAAAGCGAUACUGUGUACUGAGAGAUCAAUCCUUGACUUUUCAUCGUAAUGAGGCUGGCCAAUGUAUUGGUUUAAUUUUUCUCAAGGAGAUUGGGUCAGUAACAAGAAUUGAUUUAAAGCCUUAUUGCUUUGAAAUUUCUGCCAAAGACAAAACCUAUUAUAUUUCUUGUAAAAGCGAUGAGGAACUUUAUAGUUGGAUGGACGAAAUAUACAACAGAUCUUCCGUUGGUGCUUCUGGUCCAACAGAUUUUAUUCACAAGGUCCAUGUGGGAUUUGAUCCAAUAACCGGUGCUUUUACGGGCUUGCCUGAUCAAUGGACUCGAUUGUUGAAAGGUUCAGCUAUUACAGCCGAAGAUGCAGCCAAGAAUCCUCAAGCUGUUUUGGAUGUAUUAGAAUUUUAUGCUGAACAAACAAAGCGGGAGGAAGAAGAGUAUGGUACUUCUCAACUUCAAGGCGCUGUUGAGCGUAUGAGUGGUUUGGGUUGGGCUAAAAUGAUGCAAGAAAAAGCACUUCAUGACCAAGAUGCUCAAUCACCAACACAACAAAAUAUGAUUCCCAAUGUAAAAUUACCGCCCAAGAAUAUACCAACUAGACCUGCUCCUCCUCCUCCAUCCGCUAUUGCAGCUCUUGCUGAACUGAAAAUUCAGGAUCAACAACAGCAGCAGCAACAGCAACAGCCUUUAAAAUCACCUUCUACACCAAAACCAUCCCUCAGUAACAAGAGCAAUUACACUUUACCUUCUCGAGAUCAACAAAAUGGAAGUCCGACAAUCCCCAAUGUGGUCAACAAACAAGAAGGUGAAGAAAAGAAAAAGGUUAUUCCACUUCGAUCUAGUAGUGUAAACUACUACCAACAACGAGAGAGAGAGAAAGAACAAUACCAGUUACAAUUGCAGCAUAUGGAAAGUGAAAAAGAAAGAGAACGCGAAAGAGAAAGAGAGCGUCUACAUAAGGAAAGAGAGCGAGAAAAGGCUGCUGCUCAAGUCUCUUCUAAGAAGAAGAUGGAGCAAAGAAUCAGUACAAUGACAGAAGCACAAAUCAUGGAAAAGCUUCGCUCGGUUGUAUCAAAGGGUGAUCCAAACGAAUGCUAUAAGAAAAUCAAACGCGUGGGUCAAGGUGCUUCUGGUUCUGUGUAUGUUGCCAAUUCACUUGCUACAAACACAAAGGUUGCUGUUAAACAAAUGGAUUUGGCUCAUCAACCACGCAAAGAAUUGAUUGUCAAUGAAAUUCUUGUCUUGAAAGAAUACCAACAUCCCAAUAUCGUUAACUUUUUAGACGCUUUUCUUGUUGGCAAUGCUGACUUGUGGGUUGUCAUGGAAUUCAUGGAGGGUGGUGCAUUGACUGAUGUCAUUGAUAAUAACAGCAAAAUGACAGAGCAACAAAUUUCUACUGUCUGUCUCGAAACAGUAGCUGGUCUCCAUCAUUUGCACUCUCAAAACAUUAUUCACAGAGAUAUCAAGUCUGAUAACAUUUUGCUUAAUGCUCAGGGUCAUGUCAAAAUCAGUGAUUUUGGCUUCUGUGCCAAACUGACAGAUCAAAAAAGAAAGCGUGCUACAAUGGUGGGUACUCCUUACUGGAUGGCUCCUGAAGUGGUUAAGCAAAAGGAAUACGGUGCCAAGGUUGAUAUCUGGUCUUUAGGUAUUAUGGCUAUUGAAAUGAUUGAGAAUGAGCCACCAUACCUUGAUGAAGAACCCUUGAAGGCUUUAUAUCUUAUUGCCACUAAUGGUACACCUACCUUAAAGCACCCAGAGAGACUCUCCAGUGAACUCAAGUCCUUUUUGGCUGUUUGUCUUUGUGUUGAUGUGAGAUCACGAGCCAAUUCAAUGGAACUAAUGAAUCAUGAGUUUCUCAAGAAGGCUGGUCCUUUGGAAAUCCUGGCCCCUUUACUGAAAUUCAGAGCAAAAACAAAGAUUUAAAUAAACUCUUUCUUUUUCCUCGUCAUACGAUCUAGAAAUCAUAAAAACAAA